CCGUUCUCCUCCUUUCCUGCAUUUUUUUCCCCUGGCUCCUAAUGGCAUUCUGAGUUUGGAAGUGCAGGAGGGAGAGGUCUUAAAAACGCUGACAGGCUAUAACACUCUCAGAGACACACAGCAGUGCGGCCCAGUCAACGCAAGCAUCCUCAGUGCAGCCCAUCAGAGCUUCUGUGGACCUGCCAAAAUGAAGAUGCUGGUUUCGAGCCUGGUACUACUGAUGGUGGUGUUUGCCAAAUGGGUUGAGCCUUAUACUGCACAUUACCGGGAUGUGGACCAAGACACAUAUGAGCCCAGAGAACACCAGAGAUCCCCAGAAUACUACAGAGAUGGCAGUGGAACAGAGUGCAGGCGAUGCUGUGACCCUGCAGAGGAGGCCCCACAGUAUGCCAGUCCAUACCCACAGUACAAUAUUGUGCCACAGAUAAACAUCACCAUCCUAAAAGGGGAGAAGGGAGACACUGGCGUCCGAGGACCUUAUGGGAAAAUGGGCAAGUCUGGGCAAAGUGGACUUCGAGGUCCCCAUGGCAUGAAGGGAAACAAAGGCAGCAUUGGUUCUCCAGGAGAACCCUGCAAGUCCUACUACGCUGCCUUCUCCGUGGGCCGCAAGAAGGCACUGCACAGUAACGAUUACUACCAACCCAUGAUCUUUGACACAGAAUUUGUCAACUUGUACGGCCAUUUCAACAUGUUCACUGGCAAGUUCUUUUGCUAUGUCCCCGGCAUCUAUUUCUUCAGCCUGAAUGCGCACACUUGGAACCAAAAGGAAACAUACCUGCAUCUAAUGAAGAACGAGCAGGAGAUGGCCAUCUUGUACGCUCAGCCCAGCGACCGCUCCAUCAUGCAGAGCCAGAGCCUCAUGCUGGAGCUGGAGAGGGACGACCAGGUCUGGAUUCGACUUUAUAAGGGCGAGAGAGAGAACGCUGUGUUCAGUGACGACUUUGACACCUACAUCACAUUUAGUGGUUACCUUAUUAAGGCAAAGUCAGAGGGUUAAACAGAGACAAUCUAUGGACAGCAGGGAUUUAUGAAACAGUGUCUAUUAAAUGAGGUGUAUUAUUUUUUUAGUAAUUUUUUUUAACAGUUUUACAUGGUACUUCAGGAGGAACCUUAGUUUAUCUUUAUGAUCCAGUACUGGAGUGUCCUGUGUUUCUGACCAUCUUUAACAUUGUUACAGAGGCUGGUGCUAUUUGACAAACAUGGUAAAUGUUAUUGCGCUAGUCAUAUUAAAAACAAUACAAAUCUAUAUCUACAAUCAAAAAAAAAAAAGAAAAGAAAAA